CGUCAGAGCUUACCCGGUACAUGAAUGAACCACGUACACCUUCGCGUUUUUUUGUUGUUGGCUUGAUGCUUUCGCUCCAUGUAGGUUGACACCAGAAAUCGAGAAAGGACAAUGGGGAAGGGGACCUUGUCUCUCAAUCGGACGGGCUUUCCUCAAUAGAAUCCAUUCUUCAAUCAACCAUUGCAAUCACCAACUGUCAACCAAUCAAACCACCAAAGAUACCGAGAUUUGAUUUCAACAAUAGCAGCUGUUUCCUCUGUUUUGUGAGAGGUAUAUGAGUAUCGUGUCUUUGCUCGGAACGUCGUUCUGUUGGUUGCUGUUGGAGUAAGAGGGAAGCUGACCAUGUCGGUCGAAGUUGACUCGCCUACAGCUGUGAACAACGCUAUAAUGGCGGCGGCCGACCAAAUAUUGGCCGGGCUCAAGGGAGGUAACUUGUUUCCUGGUCAACCUUUUGCUCCUCCACCAGGGGCAACUUCAUCCACGGAGAUCAAUAAUGUUGGACAGGAAGCAAACCGAGAGGACCAGAAGUCUGAAACCUGCCGAUCGCCCACCACUGUUCACAAUCAUACUAACACGGCAGUGGCAUCGCCCACUGUAGCUCAUGCCGAGUACCGGUAUUGUGUAAGUCAAAGCUCGCAAGUAACGUGUGAUUCCAAAGAAGCAGGGGCAACCACCACCGCCAAAGCUGAGUCGGACUUGAACAAGAUUGCCUCGGAAUCGUCUCUCGCAUCCUCGGAAGGCUCCCAUCCCGCAAGUGGUGGGAUCAGCGGGGACAUCAGCCAGCCAGAGAUUCAGCUUCAGGGACACCAAGUCAAGAUGCAGCAGGGUCCGCCGAUGUUCCAAGUGGCGUUUCCCACGAGAGCCGGUACCACCACCCAUGGCAGCGGAACCAAGCGCACUGCCGAUGCUAUGGAGGCAUCCGCAGGAGAGAGCAGUGCAAGAGCUCCUCCGCCUCACCAAAAGCCCCGAUUCUCACCACCCACCGGUUGUGACUGGUAUCACUCCGGAAGCUCGGUCGUGGCUUGCCAGCCUGAAACCCCGGCGGGAGCACACCCACCAGCGUUGGAGAUAGUGCAUCACAAACAUCCCGCUCCUCCUGAGUCGAUCGACCAAGCUCCGGGACAAGCUGCCUCUCAGCCAAUCCUUCCUGCCGUUCCAAGGACAGUGGCCAUGGUGGAAGCAGAUGCCCGCAAGAAGCAAGCCCAGAGAGGUCAAGGGGAAGCGUCCCAUCACCAACCGCCACAGAUGCACCCCGCGCCUCGUAUGAUCGUGCUGGACCACAAGACUCGAGCCCCCCAGCCAUCAGGAAGCCCCCAGACUCAAGUGAGUGCAUCUCACGCAGCGCCCAUGGCACUGGAAAAGCAAAGAGGCACUCCCCCACCGCCCGCUGUUGUUCAUCAUCAGCCGUUGCCCUCAGCGCAGAAGCCUCCCGAUCUAGAUACCAAGAUGCCGGCAGUCCAAGCUCCACCGCUUGUGGCCCUUGCUCCGAGACCUUCUGAUUUGGAGGCACACGUGCCAGCAGCACAACCGCAGCUGCCCACUGCACCCGCAACAGUGCCCCCUCCCAGCUCCAACGGAGCAGCUCUUCCUCCGAUUUACCCCAAGACAUACCUCACCCUAAUGUAUCAGGAUCAUCAGCCGCCUCCUGGACAGGCAGGUGCACCACAUGCAACCUUGCCUAGCCCUCCGGAGCCCACCACACAUACACAGCCAAGCAAGGCUUCAUAUUUGGGGAAUUCACAUCAUCACAUUGAUACAUCAAGCAUUCAGAUAGAUCACACGAAUCAUCAGCUGCACACAACCACGCUAACACCACAGAAACUUUCCACUACACCAGCAUCGGGAACCACAGCAACGCUUGCUGCGGCUCAAAACCAUCCUACCGGCACGACACAUUAUCACUUUCGACAUCAUUCUUCUGUUUCUACUGCGCACCAACUUGUGGGUACAAGUACGGAAUUGGGAACUGCAAACACUACAGUCUUAACCAAACCGUCCUUCCCGCAACAAGCGCCUGUCACUGCUUCUCACUCUAGUGUGGAGCCAACAACGACAGCUCCAGCUGAUUAUUCCGUUCCAGUUGGACAAGUUCCCGUGAAUGCUUCAGGCCGGGGAUCUCCUGACGUUUCUCCAAACCUUCGCAAUCAGAAGAUGCAGCCAACAGAUUGUCUCCUCUUUGCCGCUUCUCUGUUGCAAGAAGGUUCCUCUGCAGCUUCAACGAUGGUACCUUCUCUUGGGAUAGCGGCAGUGGCCGAGCCGGGCGCUUCAGCAACGGCGACCUCAUACAGUAAUCCAUGUCAUGCGCAAGUCCUCCUUCCAGCACCCGCCGCAAAUACGACUACCUCUUCUACUCAUAAUCACCAGCCUCACAACUAUCCAGUUCACUAUCAUAACUCACCAACACCUGUGGCAGAAACCUUGCAACCUGCACCGGGAGCAAAGGUGGGAAUGCACCAUGCUGCGCCGCAAUCGAACCAACCACAAGACCUUGAUGUCUUGUGCGGGAGAGGAGGUUUGAUCAAUAAGCAUGUUGGAAACAUCAUCUAUCGCAAGGUUGUCGAGCACAACAAGCCCUUCUACCAAACUGUUCAGAAGCGUCACCGAAUCCUUGUCAGCCAAUCGAUUGUCCACACCAUUCUCAAGCGAGGUGGGCGCUUUCUGAGCGAAGAAACCAAGACUGUCGCCAAUCCGGAUGGAACGCGGACAACAGUCACCUAUUGGAAGCCCGUUGCCACGACACGGGCAGUCCAGAAGACAUCGCAGGCACUCCGGGAAAGAAUUGCCUCGAGCGAAAACAAUUGUGGCGUCCAGAACGCAUGCAAGGCAGGGAGUGAAUGCAACAGUGCAGUAUCCAGCUAACUUGACCAGCUACUGGUAGCUCCUAAAAGCAGGGUCAAACCAGAGUCACUCCAGUAUCCAAAAGGCAAUGACUCAUGCGCAAGGCUGCGUGGACAACAGUCCUUUUACUUGUUUUGAGCUCCAAUGUAUUUAUAUUGUCAAUCAGAUGUGGUCACGUAUACUACAUCAUGUUUCGUUCUUUCUGUAAGCUAAUGCUACUAUUUAACAAAGCCGUACGAUGUACCGUACCGGUACACAGGGUCCAGUCCAAUG